AUGGGUAUGGGAUUUAGUUUUAUUGAAAAAAAAGAUUUUAAAAGAUUUUUAAUUUUGGGAAUAGAUAAUUCAGGAAAAAAAAAAAUAAUGUAUAGAUUAAAAUUUAAUAAAGAUAUACCAACUAGACCUGAAAAAGGAUUUUUUGUUGAAACUUUUGAAAGAAGAUUUAAAUAUAAUAAUGAAGAUGUUUGUGGUCAAAAUAUGAUUAGACCAUUAUGGCCAAACUAUUAUACUGAUGAAACCAAUGGUUUAAUAUUUGUAGUUGAUUCAAGUGAUCAAGAAAGAAUUGAAGAGGUGAGGUUGGAAAUUAAGAAACUUGAUGAAAAUAUUAAAAUCUUCAAAAAUCAUCCAUUCUUAAUAUUUGCAAAUAAACAAGAUUUAAAAAAUUCUUUAUCCAUUGAACAAUUGAUUGAUAAAUUGGAACUAAAUAAAUUAUCUUUAAAUAGGAAAUGGCACAUUCAAUCUUCUAAUGCCAUAACUGGUGAUGGUUUAGAAUUUGGCUUAAAUUGGUUAUUUUCAUCUUCUCACAAUUUUACUUGA